AUUGACGAAUCUGAAAGCUUGGGGUUUGGUUCUUUCCAGUCUUUUUUCAUCGGUGGAGGCUCCUAUCCAACAUCUAUCCUUUUUGGAUUCAAACUCCAAACCCUUUCUACAGCCUUUAAUGUCUCCAAGUCGGUUGUGAUGGAUAUCUUGGACAGGCAACAAGAGGGUCCAAUAGUGUACAUGAACAGGACUCAUACACCAAGCUUUUGGACAAAAUUCAUUGAACUCAGGGAGACAGACAGACUACAACACCUGAAGAAGAUGGUGGAGGUCCGGCAUGAGUCUGGCCAGGCAGAGGAAGAACAAACGGGAUGGUCGUGGAGGGAACUCUUGAAUUCCUUCUUUGGAAUUAAAAUCACCGGAGAUGGUUACAAGGGUACCAGAAAAUCCCCUGACUCGUACAACCUCUAUAAUAGAAGCCCUGAUUUCAGAAACAACUACGGAUGGAGCAUUGCUCUUGAUGGGUCGGAUUACAGUGCUCUCAAACACUCUGGCAUCGGUGUAUAUCUCGUCAAUCUCACAGCGGGAUCGAUGAUGGCACCGCAUCUGAAUCCCACUGCAACAGAGUAUGGAAUUGUACUGCGAGGAACUGGAAGAAUACAGAUUGUGUUUCCGAAUGGAACUUCAGCUAUGGACGCCAAAGUAACAGAAGGCGAUGUGUUUUGGGUGCCGAGAUACUUGGCCUUCUGUCAAAUUGCAUCACGAGCAGGACCAUUUGAGUUCUUCGGAUUCACAACCUCCGCACACAAGAAUCGGCCUCAGUUCCUUGUUGGUGCAAACUCACUACUUCAUGCAUUGCAUGGACCUGAGCUGGCUGCUGCAUUUGGAACGACCGAGGAGAGAAUCAAGCGUGUUCUUGAUGGCCAACGCGAAGCUGUGAUACUUCCUUCUCCGGUAGCAACACCCACCGGUAGGAGGGAGGAGAUGAUGAUUUUAGAGACAAUGGAGGAGGAGGAGAUGAUUAUGGGGUUUUGAUUAGGAAAGUGUUUUUUUUUUGGGUUUUAUUUAGUUCUUAGCUUCUAAUUUUGCCUUUUACACCAUGAUCUCUAAGAGCUGUGAAUAAAAUAAAAUGUCCCAG